CUUGCCUCCGACAGCUCAAUCUACGUUUCAGCCGAACCACACUAUGUGAUGCCAGAGAGUAUAUUUCACCGGGAGCUCCGCUGCGUUUGGACAUUCAGUCACAUUUAUUUGUGCCAACGUUUGAAAGAGAUUCAACUGGGCAGCGCUGUGGCACGGGCUCUUUGACGAUGAUCGCACUCGAAUCUGUGGGAUGGCACCCAGUGACCAGUUACACGGAGGAAGGCUUGUGUUAUGGUUUUAGUCACAUUUAAAAAUGGCUGACAGGUCAGUAGCUGACCAGCUCUGCAAUGCCUCUGCCAGUGGAAACCUACCUGAAGUGUUGUUUUUGCUGCAAAAUGGAGCAGAUGUUAAUGGAUUUAAUGAAUACAACAGAACUGCACUGCAGGUGGUGAAGCUGGGGAACCCCGCCGUGGUUGAGGCACUUCUCGAGGCGGGUGCACACCCGAACUUACGCGACCCGGUGUGCGGCCUCACCGUGACUCACGACGCCGCGCGCGAGGGCUUCGCUGAUACUGUGCGCGCGCUAGUGGACCGCGGGGCAGACCCGAACCUCGUGGAUGACCAUGGUAACCUGCCGCUGCACCUGGCCGCCAGGGAGGGCCAUCUGCAGGUUAUCCAGCUGCUGAUCGGACUCACGGCGAACCCCGAAAGACCCAACGGUCAGGGACUGACCGCCGGGCAGCUCGCGCUCCAGCACGGGAGGAGGGCCAUCGUCGAGUACAUGGACGAGUAUUUGAGCUCACACUAGAAGAGGAGGAGGAUGAAGACGAAACCCUCUUAUACUUCUGCCUUUCUGCUCAUGCCUUUCACUGAUUUAACAGUUUAGCCUAAAUUUUCUGAAAUGCCAUGUUUCUGAAAUGGCUCAAUAAAUCAGACGCAGUGAGAAACAGUGUGUGAUAUUCGUACAUGAAUGCAUAUUUGCUGUGCUGAGAGAAAGGGGAGACCAGCACAUGGUUGCAAGUAAAAACAUGUAUAGUACAGUACAAAUAUAUCGAUUAACAUGCAGCUCACAGUAAAGUUUGGUUAUACUAGUGUUUGGGAUUGUUGUUUGCGACCAGUGCACAAAAGGUCAUAGCAGGUUUUGGUUGAGAUGUUUAGGAAGUUUCACUACUGUUAUGUUUCAAUCGCACUUGAAGUCAGAAUCAAAUGAAUCAGCUUAUGAAAAGUUCUGAAAGACUGAAUUGUGAAAUUGUCCCACUGGUCUGCAACGAGGCAAAAGAUGCAACCACGAAGUAAGAGCGACUGAAAAAUAAUGCCUAAUAUCUACUGAGCUGUACAGCUGCAGAGUGGAUAAGAUGGACAUGUGUGUUCAGGUUAUGGCGCUGUGUCAAAGGAGCACUGACGCUGUGUGAGGAUGCUGCAUUUUAUUGAGAGCUGUCUCUAUUAUUCUGGUCAACCCCACAGAAAAAAUGUGAGAAGGAAAAACGGUGAAACCGCCCUCGCUCUCCUCUCUCUUUCUUCCUCUGCUUCUUGAUUGAUGUGGAUGUAAAAACUGAGUAAGUGUCAUGUAAUGUUGUCAAAGCACCGGGGCUAUUAUAGACAAUGUGGCAAAUGCUCCAUAAUCAAAGGCAGCAACUGAAAUUCCUGCUUGCUCACAUUUUUAUCUGUGUUUGUGUCACAAGGUCAAUUGACAACUGUGAGCCUCUGCACAACUUCCUUUUUUCUGCACUUCGGUACCACUGUGUGUGUGUGUGUGUGCGCGCGCGCAUGUCAUGGCGACGGCAGCACAGUGGAAGAAGACGCAGGACUUGAUCCAGGGGACUUUUAUCUCGCUGAGUGUCAGUAUGGAGUUUCCUCUUUGCAGCCUGCUGGUCGCGGUGUCCUUAAAGCCGAAGAGUCAUGGAAUCCUCACCGAAGUUUAUUGUGCGUAAAAUGCCAAAUGUUAUGAUCUUUGGAACGGGUUUAGAUCGAGGGGCACUCUAAUUUUUUAGUCCUACGUUUAAAUAUUGAACCAUUUCAGCCAUUUUGAUCGCCAAAUAUUUCGGCUACGGCGGCCCUUUGCCGUGUAAAGCACCGGGGUGAAGUCAGCUCUAAACUGGAUAGACGGGCUCCGGAUCCAGCUGCGCCUUCUUCCUCAGUGUCACCAGGCGCAGGCUGCAGGAGGACGGUUAACACUGCUCCCUGCCAACGCUCAACCGCUUCAUGUUUGCUUAGGGACCAUCAAUAUAUAUGCAAAUACAAUACCGAUGUUUUUCCCCCCAAUACUUGAAUACUAACACUCGCAUGUAUUCGUGAAAGUGAAAGUGACUCUUGGCCACACAGGACUCACCUCAAAACAAAAAACAGCAACCGCACACUCACAACUCUGUACAAUCAUCAAUUUAUUUCUGCAAGCUUUCGGUCUGCGACCUUCUUUAGGCAUGCACACUGAGUGAAUGUGGCUGUAGAUAAAGGAUUCUGGCCACCCCUUCACUUGAUUACAUAAUGCCAGACACCUGUGUUGACAUGGCUGAGGCUACAAGGAUAUCAUGGGGAUUGUAGCCCAUCUUAGAGACUUGUAGUCCUACAUCAGAUACAGCCUUAGACACAGGGUCUACUGAAACCAAGAAACAUAAAUACAUCAUUUCAUCAAUAUAUCAAUACAUCAGUACCUCAAAAUAAUUUACAAGGGUAAAUUAUAACAACACAAUAGAAAGAAGUGACAAUUUUUAUGCAAAUAUCAGGUAAUGACCAUCAUAGAGCAUAGUGUAGCCUAAAGUCCAUUGUGAUUGAAUUAAAGUACAAAACUCAUUUCAAAAUCCUCAUUGAGACCCAGUGGUUGCAAAGUUUCUAGGGUGUGAAUCCAAUACAGCUCUCUCUGACAUAGUCGCCUGUCAACAUCACCCCCUCUCUGAAGAGUAACCUGUUCUAUUCACUGGAACCUGAGGGAGGAGAUAGGAUGGGAGUGGUUAUUAAAAUGACAGGCAACAGGUAAUUAAUAUAACUUCGUCUUAUUGAGCUUUUGUGUUCACUAAUCCUUUGUUUCAGAGGGCGAAUAGUUUUACCAAUAUAGAUUUUAUCACGCACAGGUGCAUUUCAGCAUAUAUACAAGAUUUGUAGUAUUGCAUGUGAUAACUCCUCUUACUGGAAAAUAUUUCCCUGUCCUGGGGUGUGUAAAGGUGUUCGUUUUCCAUGUAUUGUGGCACUGAGCACAGUUACCACAAGGGUCAUUUCCUUGUUUGAGGGGGGCCAGGAGGGUCUGUCUGGGGCUUGGUAAUAUACUGGCUCUCACCAAUUUAUUUUGUAAGUUGGGUCCUCUUUUGUAAACAAAAAGCAGUGGAUCUUUGAAAUGUUGAAUGAGGGCUGGGUCUGAGGUCAGAAAAUGCCAAUAUCUGAGAAUAGUGUUCUUAAAAAUGUGGACCUGAGGAGUAUAUGUGGUUAUAUAGGUUGCAGAAAAAGGUUUUUCUUUCUGGAUACUCUUUGUCAAUAAAACAGAUCUAGGUUUAGAUAGAGCAACCAGUCGCUGAGCCCUAAAAUCCAUUGGGAAGAGGUGUGUCCUGCUAGGCCAGAGAUUUGAUAUGUUUUUUUAUUAAUUGAAGUCACUGGGUCACAUUACACGGGAGCUAUUUUAAAAACCUCCACCAUUUUCUGCAAGAUAUUUAUGUGAAAUACAUGAAUUACACAUUAGCAAUCAAAAUAAGUGUACAACAUGAGAACAAUUCAGUAGAAUUUAUAAAUAAAAAAAUCACUGAUAUGGGAAUAUGGACACUAUCAGAAUUAAGAUUUUCUUCACUAUCUUUCAGGUAAUGUGACCCGCUGAAGGAAAAACAGAAAACACCCCUCUACAGUACUUCAGAUAUUGAUUUUUGAGUCACUGGGUCACAUUGUAUGUAAGCUAAUGAACACAAAUCAUGCAUUUUAUAUUUUUAGAAAAUAGAAGUAGCACUAAAAUCCAAUUUGAAGAAGUGUGUCCUCUUAGGGCAACGACUGUGUCACAUGAGGUGCAAGGUAUAAAAACACUGCCAUUAUUUUUUUUGUAAAAUACAGGAAUUGAGACCAAUUUAGGACUUUUUUUUUUAUCAAAACUUUAGCAAAUAUGGACGAGUCAGCAUGCAGGUCAGUCAGUCAGCAAUUUAUUGAUGGUCCCUAAAAAAGCUUUCGCCUUCAGGCUAACUAGCAUUAACCAAACGCUGCUUAACACACAUUUGUUAGUUGAUACAUUAUGUUUAAUUAAUUUGAUACCAUAUUUAUAGCAUAUUCUAUAUAACAAUGUAAAGGCACACAGGAAAUAAAUCACACCCACUGGCAGUUAUAUUCUGUUGCAAUGUCUAUUUAUUAUUCGCCUGUAGUACAUAGCAUAUACAUA